CAUAUUUCUAUGAAAUCUUUUGAUGGCUGUCUGCUGUCUGCUUAACUGGGCAUUGAUGUUGGAACUUCGAAUAUUGGCGCAUUUGAGCGAAGACGCAGGUCUUUGUUCUGUUCUUAGCCAACCCGAUGGCGAUGUUUUCCGCGGCAUUGUAUCGGUUUGGAAAAAGAAAAAGCAAGAAGAAGUCAGAGACGAUGAAAGGCAAAAAGCGAAACAAAUCUGCUACGGGAUUGUUUACGGCAUGGGAUGUAAAUGUUUAGCCGAACAGUUGGAAGUCGGGGAAGAAGAGGCUCAACUCUUUGUUAACACUUUCCACGCAAGGUAUCCUAGUAUACAAAGCUUUAUAACAAACACAGGUCAACCGAUGUGGAAAAAAAUUCAGGAGGAAAAUGAAUUGAGCUGCUGACAUUGGCCUAUUCUGGAAUACAUCAGUUUGCAUCAUAAUCAGAAAGGUAAUAUUGCCUCUUUUAAUUCCUUAUCCAGUUGUAGCUAUUCUAUUCUAUGUAGAAUUUGUAGAAUUUGUAGUUGAAUCUAUUAGAAUUUGUAGCUACACAUAUUCUAUUUAUCCACUCUUCUUCCUCUGUGUAUUAAAUUAGACUCCCCACCCUCUCAUUCAUAUCGUGACCAAGGGUACGAAUCACGUGAAAGCCCAAAGUUCUUGUAACCUGUUGCCUUAUAUGUUUGUGUCACAUUGGUUUCAUAGUCUAAACGAUAACAAUAACAAAACUCGCUACAUUCGA